AUGACUUUUAAACAGAAUGGGGGUGAAUUGUUGGGGACGAAGAUAUUUACAGCCGAGGAGUUAGAAUUGGCAACUAUAAAUUAUGGUAAGAAGAAAAUACUUGAAACAGGAGAGAAUAUGCUUACGGAUAAAAGUGAUGUUUAUAGUUUCGGUGUAGUUCUUGCCGAACUCUUGACAGGAGAGAAACCCGUUUCUUAUGAGAGACCCCAAGAACAACAAAAUCUUGCUUCAUUUUUUGUUUGCAUGUUGGAAAAACAUAGUAUUUUCAAAAUUAUUCAACCAAGUAGCUAUGAUGGUGGAGAGCUGUGGAAAGUCGUCAAAGUUGCUGAGAUUGCCAAAAGUUGCCUUCGCAUGAAGGGCGAAGAAAGACCUACAAUGAAACAAGCAGCCACAGAUCUCGCAAAACAUGUGUAUAUUAAAGACAUGUGA